UAAAAAAUGUUGGAAUCAUUUUAUAUGAAUUUAAGAGGCGAAGUUUAGAAGCAAAACUCAAACUUCGGCUACGAAGCUUCGUUUUACAUUCACACUUGACCUGCAAAAUUUCUACCACAUCAAAAACUAAUAACAACAAAUCCGCCAUAGACGAAAACCUUUGAAUCAUCUUCUCCACAUGACGACAUCUCUUUCUUCUCUAUCUCUUUUCUUUUUUCUGAAACCCAUUUCCUUCUUCUUCCUCUUCCUCUGUUUCCACCAUGUCAAUUCCCAGCUUUACCAACAAGAACACUCUGUUUUGCUCCGACUGAAUCAGUUCUGGAAAAACCAAGCUCCCAUUACCCAUUGGCUUUCCUCAAAUGUCUCUCAUUGUUCAUGGCCGGAGGUUCAAUGCACCAACAACUCCGUCACUGCUCUGUUUUUCCCUUCUUACAAUUUGAAUGGAACCAUCCCUUCUUUCAUUUCCGAUCUCAAAAAUCUCACCUACCUUAAUUUUCAAGUCAACUACUUCACCGGUGGCUUUCCCACCACUCUUUACAGUUGUUUGAAUCUUAAUUACCUCGACCUCUCGCAGAAUUUACUCACCGGGCCGAUUCCUGAUGAUGUCGACCGCUUGUCUCGCCUCCAGUUUCUUAGUCUCGGUGGAAACAACUUCUCCGGCGAAAUUCCGGUAUCGAUUUCUCGCUUGUCCGAACUUCGGUUCCUUCAUCUCUAUGUUAAUCAAUUUAAUGGGACGUACCCAUCUGAGAUUGGUAACUUGUUGAAUUUGGAAGAAUUGUUAUUGGCUUACAAUUCGAAACUGGAACCGGCUGAAUUGCCUUCCAGUUUUGCGCAAUUGAGCAAAUUGACGUAUUUAUGGAUGUCAGGGUCGAACGUAAUCGGUGAAAUUCCUGAAUGGAUUGGAAAUUUGACGGCUCUCGUGCAAUUGGAUUUGUCGAGGAACAAUUUGAUUGGGAAAAUCCCCAAUAGUUUGUUUACGUUGAAGAAUCUCAGUUUUGUUUAUCUGUUCAAGAACAAACUCUCAGGAGAAAUUCCUCAACGGAUUGAUUCUAAAGCCAUCACCGAAUACGACUUGUCGGAAAAUAAUUUGACCGGAAGAAUUCCGGCGGCUAUCGGGGAUUUACAGAACCUGACGGCUCUGCUUCUGUUUACAAAUCGUUUACAUGGAGAAAUCCCAGAAAGCAUCGGCCGUCUUCCAUUAUUAACGGACGUAAGAUUGUUCGACAACAAUUUAAACGGUACGAUACCGCCAGAUUUCGGCCGGAAUUUGAUCCUCAGAGGUUUUCAAGUGAAUUCCAAUAAACUCACCGGAAGCUUACCGGAGCACUUGUGCUCCGGUGGUCAACUGCUAGGAUUGAUUGCUUAUCAGAAUAAUCUUAGUGGGGAGUUGCCAAAGUCUCUUGGGAAUUGCGAUAGCUUGGUUAUUGUCGAUGUUCACGAGAACAAUAUUUCAGGGGAAAUUCCGGCGGGUUUAUGGACGGCUCUGAAUUUGACUUAUGCAGUGAUGAGCAACAAUUCUUUCACCGGUGAUUUUCCUCAGACGGUUUCGAAGAAUCUUGCGAGAUUGGAAAUCAGUAAUAACAAAAUUUCAGGGGAAAUUCCGUCGGAGUUAUCUUCGUUUUGGAAUUUGACGGAGUUUGAAGCCAGUAAUAAUCUGUUGACAGGAAAUAUUCCUGAAGAAUUAACCGCUCUUUCAAAGCUGAACAAUCUUUUGCUUGAUGAAAAUCAAAUAAAUGGGGAGCUUCCAAAGAAAAUCACUUCAUGGAAAUCAUUGCAGCGUCUUAAACUGAAUCGAAAUCGUUUAUCCGGUGAGAUACCGGACGAAUUUGGCUAUUUACCGAACCUUAAUGAUCUUGAUCUCUCGGAGAAUCAACUUUCCGGGUCAAUUCCGCUUUCGUUGGGGAAGUUGUCGCUGAAUUUUCUUGACCUGUCUUCAAAUUUUCUGUCCGGGGUUAUCCCAUCUGCAUUUGAAAAUUCAAUCUUUGCAAGAAGCUUUUUGAACAAUCCGAAUCUUUGCUCGAACAAUGCAGUUCUAAAUCUCGAUGGUUGUAGUUUGAGAACUCAGAAUUCGAGAAAGAUUUCGUCGCAGCAUCUUGCGCUGAUCGUAAGCUUGGGCGUAAUCGUAGUGAUACUCUUUGUAGUUUCAGCUUUGUUUAUAAUCAAAAUCUAUAGGAGAAAUGGAUACAGAGCAGAUGUUGAAUGGAAGCUGACCUCAUUUCAGAGGUUGAAUUUCUCGGAGGCAAAUCUUUUAUCUGGGCUAUCGGAGAACAACGUUAUUGGGAGCGGUGGUUCCGGUAAAGUUUAUCGGAUCCCAGUGAAUAGUUUGGGCGAAACAAUGGCCGUGAAGAAAAUAUGGAACAACAGAAAGUCAGACCAUAAGCUCGAGAAACAAUUCAUGGCGGAAGUGAAAAUCCUCAGUUCAAUUCGACACAACAACAUAAUCAAACUCCUCUGCUGCGUUUCUUGUGAUACUUCAAAGCUCCUAGUUUAUGAGUACAUGGAGAAGCAAAGCCUCGAUAAGUGGCUACAUAAGAAGAACUCCCCGCCGAGAAUUACAGGGUCAGAACCUAUUAGUGGUGUCGCUCUCAAUUGGCCGACAAGAUUUCAAAUUGCAGUAGGGGCAGCGCAAGGCCUCUGUUAUAUGCACCAUGAUUGCUCCCCACCGGUAAUUCAUAGAGAUUUAAAGUCUAGCAAUAUCUUACUAGAUUCAGAUUUCAAUGCCAAAAUAGCAGAUUUUGGCUUAGCCAAGUUGCUCAUAAAGCAAGGGGAACCGGCUUCAGUUUCCGCGGUUGCCGGCUCUUUUGGAUACAUAGCUCCAGAGUAUGCUCAGACACCAAGAAUUAACGAGAAGAUCGAUGUGUUUAGCUUCGGAGUCAUUCUUCUGGAGUUGGCAACUGGAAAGGAAGCUCUCGACGGUGAUGCAGACUCAUCUCUGGCAGAGUGGGCUUGGGAAUAUAUUAAAAAAGGCAAACCAAUAGUCGAUGCGUUGGAUGAGGAUGUGAAGGAGCCACAAUAUCUUGAUGAAAUGUGCAGUGUUUUCAAACUGGGUGUGAUCUGCACUUCUGGUUUGCCAACGCACCGGCCGAACAUGAAUCAAGCACUGCAAAUCUUGAUCGGCAGCCGGACCUCAGCUCCCCAAAACCAUGGAGACAAAAAACAGGGAGAGUGAAAGUAUGCUGAGAAAACGAUGACCAUUACUUGAGAGAUGCAACAGUCUAACGUUGUCUUCAAUGGCCUCUUUUUUUACUAUCAAGAUUCACCAUCACAUGUUUUUGAACCUUGGUCGUUAAAUAUAAGGUGGAGACUGAAGGGGACCCUGCGCUCCAGCCACUGCUCCAAGGAGAAAUGGCCAAGGAGUUGAUGGGUCGCAUCAGUUUCUUUGUAAAUUUUGAAUAACAAUUCCUCUUAAGUGUAUUUUAACGAGAACCUCAAUAAUAAUAAAUGAGAACUCAUUCAGCUCAAGCAAA